UGCACACAGAAGCGCAGCUGUAGUAUGCUAGAUGCUACAGCCCUUGUUAUCAGUUGACAGGCCUUCGGCCAGAUGGAUUCCCGAUUUCUCCCCCGCAUGUAACUGAAAAUGCUCAUAACGUUGUGUUACAUCUAUCUCUGGGUGCGUUUUCAGAAGUUUUACACGCCUGUCAUUCGGAGGACGGUAUACAGACUGUGCGGGGGGAGCAAGCUUAGCAGCAGCUUCACUUUUUGUGCUGUUAGAUCGGACCAGUGUCAGACGGGGGACCAAAGUUCCAGGCGACGAAAGUCAACCGUUCCAGAGGACAACCAAGUGUUCCUGAAGCUGGGAAACAAGGCGAUAUACAUUACCGAACCACAGGCGUGCGAAGACCUCAGCAAGUGGACACUCCUAAUAGGAUCUACUCUGUUCAGUCGUCCGAGGAUAGACGAGGUUGCUUUCAUCAUAGAGGCAACAUCAGUAGCAAAUGGGGCACGGCGGCUCAACUCAAAUAAGAAAGCUGUGAAGUGGUCUGACUACUGCCACCCGCUGGCCUGUAGUCCUGGUGACCCAUACAGGGCGGUGGCGGAGGCCAGUGUGGAUGACUUCAGCUGCCUCGGGGUGGCCUUCCUGGAAGAUCGGCUGCAGAUGGAAAAUGGCCUCAUUCCAGAAAAGAUAGUCUCUGUCUUACUUCAAGAAUCUACUCUCAAGGAGCUUAUCGAGAAGAGCAAAUCAGUGACGGGCACUAACGCAGACCAGCAAGUUCAUCAUCAGCAGAAGCAGCAGCAGCAGCAGCAGCAUCUCCUAUUGACUGCAGACACGAGCAUAGUUCUCUCCGAACCGUCACCGAGAGAGGAGUUAGGGGACAGCCUCCUCCCGCAGGCUACAGAGGUGUCACUGCCAUCGUUGCCCCCCACCCCGUACUCGUCCAGGAAGAGCAGCCUGAACCCCUCCUCCCUGGCCUUGGACUCCGCAGGCCGCAGGGGCAGCGGGGGAGAGGGUAGCGCAGACUCCCAGGGGGGCCACCACCACAUGGACGGCCACCACCACCUGCACCUCUCCAGCUGCCACGAGUGCCUGGAGCUGGAGCACAGCACCAUCCUGUCCGUCAAGUACGCCUCCAUCGAGAACAUCCCAGACCUGCCGCACGACGACAUCACCAGCAGCGACGAUGACGAGUACGUGGACACGUACGACGGGGAGGAGGGCCUGGACGGGCUCGAGCGCUUCGCCGGCCAGAGCAAGAGGGUCAACGUCACCGGCAAGCCGCCCAACGUGCUGGUGUACACGGGCAGCGAGGGCGAGCGCUUCGAGCCCAUCCAACGCCUCCUGUCCGAGUGCAUAGACACCGAGAGCUACACACUGUACCCGCUCAAGCCCCAGCAGGCGCUGAGCGAACCCUGGCUGGAGAGCACCAUGCUACUGGUGCUGGCGGCCGAGGAGCCCCUCACCCCACAGCUGCAGGAGCGCUUCCUGGCCUACCUGGAGAAAGGCGGCAAGGUGCUGGGCCUGUCGUCCACCUUCUCUCCGGCGGGGCUCACACUCGUGGGCAGGGACGGCCAGAGGGGCCAUAUCUGCCGGCUGAGCUUCACCAAGGCGGACAGCACGGAGCUGGAGCUGAGCGUACUGGGCAGCGGCGCGGCGUACGUGCGUGAGCCGGCCGACUCCGCCACGGGGGAGGUGGAGCUGUGGGGAGAGCUGUGCGCCGACGUCGCCGGGGACAACAACAAGGACAUGGUGAUCGUCAGGGUGACGCACGGAGGACGCGGCGGAGAGGCCAUUCUGUGUCAGGUGCGUCUGGAGACGGCCCCUGACGCCCAGCACGUCCAGAGCCCCUCCCACUUCGAUGUGCUGAAGAUGAGCAACGCGCUGCGCUACGAGGUGCUGACGGAGAUCCUGACCUCCCUGGGCCUCAGCUGCGAGCUCAGCCAGAUACCUCCACCCAGCCCCGUGCACAUCCUCUCCACCUGCCCGGAGUUGAAGGGUCGCUUCCUCAAGUGGCUGGAGAGUCAGGCAGACGAGGACGGCACGGUGGGCUCCCCCAAACGCCGCAUGAAGCUGCUGCUCCCCGGGGUGGUGACCCCCCAGACGGCCGAGCGGGAGGGCGAGGGCGAGGGGGAGUCGGAGGGCGAUGGGGAAUCGGAGAGCAGCGAGCUGCCCGAGGGGGUGCUCGCCCUGCGCCCCCAAACCCCCCCUGAGCUGCUGUCGGAGCAGUUCAACCUGCCGGCCUACAGCCAGCACCUGCAGACUCGAACCCUGGGCCGCACCCUGCUCUUCGCUGAGGUCACCCCCACCACCAUGGACCUGCUGGAGGGGUUGAUGCUGGACGUGCCGGAGGAAAUGGGCUUAAUUGCCGUGGCUCUUCGACAGACACAGGGCAGAGGUCGCGGGGGCAACGCGUGGCUGAGUCCUCUGGGCUGUGCCAUGUUCACGCUGCACGUGCGCGUCCCCAUCGCCUCGCGUCUGGGCCAGAGGAUCCCCUUCCUGCAACACCUGGCCGCCCUGGCCGUGGUGGAGGCCGUCUGCACACUGCCAGGAUAUGAGGAGCUGGACUUGCGGGUGAAAUGGCCAAACGAUAUUUACUACAGUAACUUGAUGAAGGUCGGAGGUGUCCUGGUGAACUCCACGGUUAUGGGAUCAACAUUCCAUCUUCUCAUAGGCUGUGGCUUCAAUGUGAGCAACAGUAACCCCACUAUCUGCAUCAAUGACCUGGUGGUGCAGCGUAACCGGGAGCACGGCUGCCGCCUGGAGCCCCUGACUCCUGCCCAGCUCAUCGGCCGCACCGUCACCCACCUGGAGGGCCUCAUCCAGGACUUCCAGCAGCAGGGGCCCUCCGCCGUGCUGCCACUCUACUACAAGAGAUGGGUGCACAGUGGCACGCGUGUGAAGCUGUGGAGCGAGGACGGGCCGGAGGCGGAGGUGCUGGGUCUGGACGAGCACGGCUUCCUGCAGGUGAAGUCCGAGAAGGAAGUGGUGUCGGUCCAGCCCGACGGGAACUCCUUUGACAUGCUAAGAAACCUGGUGGUCACCAAGCACAGCUAAAGCCACAUACUCGCAUAAUCCACCACUCUAUGGGUACAUUUCUCAAAAGAGAAGUUGUUAGCUUGUUAGCAACUUCGGUAGUUGCCAAUGGGAAAAUGCAUUGAAAACAACAAAGUAGCUAACGUAGUUAUCAACUUUGGUUUCGAGAAACACACUCCAGCAUUGUUCCAACAGGGUUCGCUUUCUAAACCGCACAUUUCCUGAUAAGAACUGUAUGUAUAUUGUUAUUAUAAGCUGCUUUUUGAUGAAUUCUUGGAAAAAAAAGACCUGAAAAGGUAUAUAAACUUUUCAUCCCUGGACAAAAUGUCCUUCUCAAAAAGUAUUAAGUCUAAGCAUUUAUUCUAAUUGUCCACUGAGUUUUAACAUUGCCAAAUGUAUCAUGAGGCGCUAGGCUACCACCAUGGCAGCUAUGAGAGUACUCCUCGUUCUUUAGUGCUACCAUCUUCAAUACGCUCAAUCAAGGUUUGCCCAAUGCGGUUUGCAUUUCUCAAUUUCAAAUUCCAACUUGUGCAGUUUGUUUGUGAGUGAGGCAACACAGGUGAAUGGGAACAUUUUUUUUCUAAAAACCAUGAUUAAAGCAAAAAAAAAGAAAAAAGAAAAGAAGUAUGUGCAAGAAUGCUGUGCCUUUUCAUUUUAACAGUACAUGCUGUUCACAUUAUCUGUGCUCCUUAAUGAUGUGUCGAAGAUGCUGGGCCUUCUUGGCGAAAUACUAAGUAAUGCAAUUUGAAACAGCCCGAUCUUGUAAAGAGAUACGAAGCUGUACAAGAUGUACGAAAAACGUACUACAUACUACUUGAAUAACAGUCUAUUGAGACUGUAGAUAUUGACCAGUUACAAUGAGGGGGCCGGAGAUGCAGAGAAAGCUCAAAGACCUGGCGUCAGUGUCCAUGCACCCACCAAAACGCAUGGAAUUUAUGAUCUGCGGGUGUUUAUUUAUUACUGUAUUUAUUUGGCAACACAGUGAUUCCACGGCGUGUUUUCAUGAUUUUGGAAGGCCAUAGGGUGGAAUAUAAAAAGGAAAUGAUUAAUUAGUACAGCUAGUUUGUUACAUAAUGUAUUCAAAGUGUACACAAUUAUGAUAUAGAUGACACCUGAGAGACAAUUGAGACAGCAGUUCAUCUCAAGUAAGGCACUGGUGCUAGUUCAUGGGGCAAGAUUGAUUAUGGGCUCUAAUGCCACAGCAAUUCUCACUUACUAACUGUUAAGGAAAUAAGAAGACGGUGUGUGGGGCCUGUACUCAUGAGACACACCUCUCACUAAUGAAGCUGAAGACCCCCCAGUUUCAGAAACUUUAAAGGACAGGUGCACCAUUUUGAACAUUCAGUCCAUUUUUUGAGUUGUCUGCAAUCCAGUGUCUUGACUUGAGACAUUGAGAAUGGACUAGCUCCGAUACGUCUGUUUCUCCAGUUAAACCUCAGACUUCUGUUGUUAAAUUUCAGCUUUAAUACACUUUUUCACACAAGCCUUGUGUGCGCCUCCUUUUUUCCUAUUAUCUUUUUGAGUCCCCCUGGCUGUUUUUAUGUUUGCUGCUGUCUCCUUUAUUUGGCUUCCGUCUCAAUUGGCUUUACAGUGACAGUCCAUGGGCAUGUCCAAAUAUAUUCUCAAAAAACACCUUAACCAUUUAGAGAGCUGCAAACAUGAAAUAAACGGUGAGGGGGGCGGGGUAAAACAUUGCAAACAACUCAGAAAUGGGGCUUAAUGUUCAAAAUCGUGCACUUGUCCUUUAAAAUGCUGCCACAUCCUUUUACCAGCCAUCUUCAGAACCAGCUAAUGUUCAUGAGCACAUAAAAUCCAGACGCAACAACAAGACGCAAGGCACAUUUGGACCUGGCUGCAAUGGCUUCCUAUGCAGACACUUGAGAUGUUACAGCAACAUUAGUUGUCAUGGAUCAUGGCUGACUUCAGUUUCUCUCUCUCUCUCUCUCUCUCUCUCUCUCUCUCUCUCUUUCUCUCUCUUUCUCUUUCUUUCUUUCUUUCUUUCUUUCUUUUGUUUCUCUCGCUGCUCUCUGUUUCUUUCUCUCGCUCUCUCUUUCUUUCUCUCUCUUUCUGUCUUUCUCUCUCUCUCUCUCUCUCUCUCUCUCUCUCUUUUACACACACACACACACACACACACACACACACACACACACACACACACACACACACACACACACACACACACACACACACGCACACAGACACACACCUACCACUGACUGGGUGAGUGUGAUGUGCACUUGCCUUGCGUGUGAAGGAAGGAAACAAAAUAGGAAAAAAAAAUAUAUUACUAUGCUUGAAAUACACUACAUUCACUGCCACAUAAACUUAGGCUCUGGGAAAACAGGUUGUUGACCAAAGCGUUCAACUAAUGUCACUUUCUCCAAAGGUCACUGUCACAGUGGCCACAGUGUUCCCCCUUGUAUGGGACACUGAUGAAAUGACCCUAAAAUGAACCCAAGGCCCAACAGUUAAUGGGGUAUGCCACUAUUUUGGGGCUUAAUACAGUUAAAAUCGUUG